GUCUCCCUUUCCCCUUUCCUCCUUCCUUUCCUUCAUCUCGCCCUGCGCAAGCUUCACGCUCACUAAAGAAGAAGACAAACACCGUUGGACAUCCGCCGUCGUUGUUCCAACUUUCAUAACAAACUACACGGUCGUUACUUACCUCGACAACGCCACAAUGCGUACCACUGCAUCUGUUCUCGCCCUCGUGGCAUCCGCUUCGGCCGUCCACCAGGGAUUCAACUACGGCUCCACCAACAGCGAUGGCUCCAUCAGGGACCAGCAGAGAUUCCAGGACGAGUUCAACGCCGCCAAGAACCUCGAGGGUGUCUCCGGCUUCAACUCCGCCCGUCUCUACACCAUGAUCCAAGGCGGAACAGCCAACGACCCCAUCUCCGCCAUCCCCGCCGCCAUCGCCGCAGACACCACCCUCCUUCUCGGAAUCUGGGCCUCCGCCGGCCAACAAGGCAUUAACAACGAGAUCGCGGCCCUCAAGCGCGCGAUCGAGCAGUACGGCACCGACUUCACCAGCCGUGUCACCGGCCUCUCCGUCGGCAGCGAGGACCUCUACCGUCUCUCCCCCACCGGCAUCGCCGCCAAGUCUGGUUACGGAGCUGAGCCCGCGGAUCUGGUCUCUUAUAUCGGUCAAGUCCGCCAGGCUAUCGCUGGCACCGCUCUGUCCGGCACCCCGAUCGGCCACGUCGAUACCUGGAACGACUGGGUGAACGGUUCGAACAGCGCUGUCAUCCAGGCCGUCGACUGGCUCGGUGUCGACGCCUACCCCUACUUCCAGGCCUCGAUGGCGAACGGCGUCGACAACGGACCGCAGCUCUUCUUCGACGCCUACGAUGCCACCGUCGGAGCCGCAGGCGGCAAGGACGUCUGGAUCACCGAGACCGGGUGGCCUGUCUCUGGCCCCGUCUCCGGACAAGCCGAGGCCAGUCUCGCUAAUGCCAAGUUCUUCUGGGACAAGGUCGCUUGCCCUUCGCUUGGCAAGAUCAACACAUACUGGUACACACUCCAGGACUCCUACCCCAACACCCCCAGCCCCAGCUUCGGCGUCGUCGGCACCACCCUCAGCACCAAGCCGCUCUUCGACCUCUCCUGCCCAUCUGCCGACUCUACCACCCCCGCUAGCUCCGCCAAGGACGUCGCCUCCUCCACCGGGGCAGCGCCUAGCAGAAUCGUCGCCAGCGGCGGCACCCUGACCCCAACCCAUGGCGCUGACUCUGGCGCUGGCGGCGUCGGUGCUGGUUCCGGCUCCGCAAACUCCUCAUCCACCCUCAUCGCCGUCCCAUCCAGCGGCGCCUCCACCGGCGGCGCUGGUGCCCGUACCGGUUCUGGCAGCGCUUCCCCAUCCGGCGGUGCUACUGGUGGUGCUGGUAGCGCUUCUCCAUCUAGUGGCGCCUCGAGCGGCGGCUCUGGUGGUGUUGUCGGUGGUGGUGCUAGCAGCGGUAGCGGAUCGAACAGCACAGGCAACGGGACUGUUGUCUCGCCUGCCCCUACUGCUAGGCCGACUAUUGUCGCGGCUACGGGUGCUGCUCCUACCGCUGGUGCGGGUGCGGGGCUUGCGUUCGGUGCUGCUAUCAUGGCUGUUGUUGCUGCGUUCUAGAUGUCUCCCUCUGACGAGUGAGUGGGGAUGUGCUUAUCAGUAUGUGGAGUUGGCAAGAUGUAUGUGAUUAGGGGUUAGAUUGUGUAUUGUUGUGCAUUGCGUGAUUUGAUUUAGGGCUGCGUGUGAUGUGAUGUGGGUGCAUAGGGAUUUUUAGAAUGGGCCCGGAAUGGAAAUGGAACUCGGAAU